AUGCCCCAGGGGAGGGCUCUGCAGAGCACCAUGGCCCUUUUCUCUGCUAACAACGUAGCUGCUGUGAACGACUCUGAUACUCGCAGGGCCGGAUGCUUCCUUACCGGCAUCCCAGGGCUGGAGCACCUUCAGAUCUGGCUCUCCAUUCCCUUCUGCUCCAUGUACGUAGCUGCCCUGGCAGGCAACGGCGUCUUGAUCUGUGUCAUCGUCUCCCAGCCACGCCUGCAUGGGCCCAUGUACGUCUUUCUGUCCAUGUUGGCCAGUGCCGACGUCCUGCUGUCCACAGCCACCAUGCCCAAAGCCCUGGCCACCUUCUGGCUCGGUUCGAGCCACAUCUCCUUUGAUGGCUGCCUCACCCAGAUGUUCUUCAUCCACUUCCUCUUCGUGGCUGACUCGGCAGUGCUCCUGGCCAUGGCCUUCGACCGCUACGUGGCCAUCUGCUCCCCUCUGCGAUACACCGCCAUCCUCACCAGCACGGUCAUUGGGAAGGUCGCCACUGCCACGCUGGCCCGCAGCUUCAUCAUCAUGUUUCCAUCCAUCUUUCUCCUCAAGCGCCUGCACUACUGCCGGGUCAACGUCAUAGCCCACACGUUUUGUGAGCACAUGGGCAUCGCCCGUCUGUCCUGUUCCGACAUCUCCGUCAACGUCUGGUAUGGGCUGGCCGCUGCCCUGCUCUCCACAGGCCUGGACGUCAUCCUUGUCGCCGUCUCCUACAUGCACAUCCUCCGAGCUGUCUUCCACCUCCCUUCUCGGGAUGCCCGGUGCAAGGCCCUGAGCACGUGCGGCUCCCAUGUCUGUGUCAUCCUCCUCUUCUACACCCCCGCCCUCUUUUCUGUCUUUGCCUAUAGGUUUGGCGGGAGACGCAUCCCACGCUAUGUCCACAUCCUUCUGGCCAACCUCUACGUGGUCCUUCCGCCUGUGCUCAAUCCCAUUAUUUACGGAGUGAGGACCAAGCAGAUUUUGGAAGGGGCGAAACAGAUGUUUUCAAAGCUUGCCAAAGGCUCUAAAUAA